AUGAUUGCGAUCCACGUCGGUCUCUCGAUUUUUGGCCACUCGCACGCGUCGUUCCACGAAGUCGCGCUUAAGUACCUCGGCGGCGCCAGCACCGUUUUGGCCCCGUGCCAGACACCAACCACGACCACGACAGCACCGACACGCUCGUCCUCUCGCUUUCAGCCGACAAUGUCCUUGUUGUCUGGCCACACCACGCUGACGCGGCGCCGGCGAUCGCCGCGUGCUCCUGCACGUGACGACGACAACAUCGACGCCGCACGACAUUGUGCUGCUCGGGAGGAGCUCUCGCCGGCGUCGAUCGACCUCCACGUCGCACGCCGCUUUGUGUUGGAGCAGCUGUCGGUGCACGUUCGGCAUGUGGACUUUAGUGUUGAUGACGCGCGGCUUUUUCUCGGGCUGGCUCGCGCCGUCGACUGA